UUUUUAUAGGUGUUUUGUCUUUGGGGUCGAUGGGUAAGGUCGGGAUUUGACCAAAAGGUUCUUACUUUCCAAUUCUUGUUGUGGGAAAAUUUCAGGGUUCUAGAGCAAAACAGACCAGAACAGAUCAGAGCUAAGGAUUUCACUCGAUUCUCAAAUUCCCCAGCUUAUUAUACUUAGCUCAUCGCGACGGUAGAACAACUGAAUACAUAUCCUUACAAACUGAAGAGAUCAAUCAAGUUUACGGUUUCAUUAGUACGUUAAGUUUCAAGCCAUGGAAUGCAAUAAGGAGGAAGCCAUUAGAGCACAAGAGCUUUCUGAAAAGAAGUUAAAAGAGAAGGAUUAUGCGGGUGCCAAAAGAUUUGCCUUGAAAGCACAGGCUUUAUAUCCUGGACUUGAUGGAAUUUCGCAAAUACUGACAACAGUCGAUGUAUACAUUUGUGGCGAAAAUAAAAUAAACGGCGAAAUCGAUUGGUAUUCAGUUCUCGGUGUAGAUCCUUUAUCUGAUGAAGAUACAAUCAGGAAACAGUAUCGAAAACUGGCUCUGGUUCUUCACCCUGACAAGAACAAAUUUGUAGGCGCUGAUGGUGCCUUUAAGUUUAUUUCUGAGGCCUGGAGUUUAUUAUCCGAUAAAUCUAAAAGGCUGGCUUAUAACCAGAGGAGAAAUUUCAAAGUCCAAACGAUGCCCAGAGGGAAUUCAACAUCAUCUUCUGCUGGAAAUGGCUUCCAUAAUCCUCACUCCAGACCAGCGCCGACAAAUUCAAAUUCAAAUACGCAACGAACAACAGCUGCUGCCGAUAGAAGGCCUCCUCCUUCUCAGGCCAAGGCUAAUAAUAAAUCCUCAACCCGUCAGAGAACUGACACAUUCUGGACUCUCUGUAGAAGAUGCAAAAUGCAUUAUGAAUAUGUCAAACUCUAUCUAAAUCAUACUCUCCUUUGCCCUAAUUGUCACCAACCUUUUGUUGCUUCAGAGACUGCUCCUCCACCCAAUUUAUCUAAAUUGCCUAAUUCAUCUUCAAAUCAGCAGCAGCAUCAGAAUCCAAACUGUGACCAAUUCAAUCAUGUGAACAACCAGCAAACAUUCAACACCAGACCGACUGCUUCCUCAUCGGGUCCUCAUGUAAGCAAAAAAGCAGUGAAUACGGCUCAGCAGACAAAUAAUUUGAAAAGAGAACAAGAAGCACCGGUUUCCAAAGAUGAAAGCCUCCUUAAGAAGGCAAGAGGAGUUAACAACGAAACCUUUAGAGCUUUUGUGAGAAAUAAUAUGACGGAAGGUCAUAUGGGAAAUGGAGUUGGCGGCAUGAGAAGCAUUUCUAGUUUCUUUACCAAGAACAAUGCUCAAUCAUUUCCUGGUGUCUUUAACAAGUCCAACAAAAUGAGAGAUUUGACUCCUCUGGAAAAUCGGAACCUUCUGACAAAAAGGGCUCAGAAAGAGAUUCUCAAAAUGCUGGAUUCUGUGAGUAAGGCAGGUGAAGGGUCUGGGAAGGAGAUACUAAAUAAAAAAGAAAAUGAGAAAAAAGACAAAUUCAGCAAGAGAUCCGGUCCUCCACAUCCUAAUGUUAUUGAUGAAGUAAAGGCCAAAUUGAUUUCAAUAACUGUCCCAGAUCCCGAUUUUCAUGAUUUUGAUCGGGAUCGAAACGAGACAUCUUUCUGUGAUUCGGAUGUGUGGGCAGCGUAUGAUGACGAUGAUGGUAUGCCGCGUUUCUAUGCUUUAAUCCAGAAGGUUAUCUCUGUCAAGCCAUUUAAACUGCGCUUAAGUUGGUUGAAUUCCAAAAGUACAUCGGAAUUCAGCCCAAUGAAAUGGACCACUUCAGGUUUCACCAAAACCUGUGGUGAGUUCUGGGUUGGGAAAUACGAGAACAGCAAAUCUCUGAACUCGUUUUCUCACAAAGUCAAUUGGGAAAAAGGUCCAAAAGGCAGCAUCUUCAUAUUUCCAAAGAAAGGCGACAUAUGGGCUCUGUAUAGGAAUUGGUCUCCAGAUUGGGACGAGCAAACACAAGACGAACUGAUCAAUGUGUACGAUAUGGUGAAGGUUGUAGAUGAUUACAGCAAAGAUGAAGGAGUUUCGGUUGUGCCUCUUCUAAAGGCGCCUGGUUUCAAGACUGUAUUCCAUCCUUGUACAGAUCCCGAUAAAGUGAAAAGGAUUCCCAAAGAAGAGAUGUUUCGAUUUUCACACCAGGUUCCUGGUUAUUUGCUCACAGGAGUUGAAGGUAAGGGUGCCCCAGAAGGGCAUUAUGAGUUGGACCCAGCUGCUACUUCAAUGGAACUUCUCCGGGUAUUAACAGAAACCAAUACAAGAGAUCCAUGAAAGAACACAAAAAAUGGCCAACUUAUUUUUUUCUUCUGACAAAUAGGAAAGCAGAUAGGCUGUUAGAUUUGGAGGUGAAGGUGACUAUCCGACUACUGGCAAUCAACACCAGCUGAGAGGUACAGUUAGGAUUAAGAAAGAGUAGAAAAAUCAUGAAAAGUUGACAUUUUUUUAAAUAUUGGGCCAAGGAAUUAGGUUUUCGGAAGCGGUGCAUACAGUAACACUUUCUAGCUUCUAUGAUGAACUAUUUUCUAGAUUUUUUUUUGUUGUUUGGAUAUUGAACAAAGUUUUGAUGUAAUGUAUGUACCCUACCUUCCUUGUUUUUGGAGGGAAGGAAACACAUGAAGUCUGUUUCUUAUCAUACUUUCAUAUGUUACCAUUUA